AAAUUGAUACAUGAGCAGAAAGAAAGAUGACCAGAAAAAUUGUAAAAAUCACUUAAAAACCACAAACGUAAUUCUCAUUGCCAGGGCUCUGAAUUAGCUAAAUUAUUUUUGGUGCAAUCUCGUCUCAGCUGCUAAAUUGGUGCUAAGUAUUAUAACUAAGCAAAAUAAUCUAUGGCGAUUGUUGCAGCAGCGCCAUUAUCAAUCUCCUCAGUUGCCACAUCUUUAGCUGAAAAUCAUGCAUUUCACAGAUCCUAUUUGAGGCAGACUGUUUUCAGUAACCAAUUUCUAAGAAGCAGGCUAAAGUUGAAUGAAAGGCACCAGCCUGCAAAACACUCAUACAUGCAGGAGUUAAUCACAAAGGCAUCAACUACAAAUAAUCUUGUCAUUGAUGAAGAAAGUGCUAAUGAUGCUAAAAAUGGUAUUGGAGUUGUAAGCAUUCAUCAUGUGGGAAUACUAUGCAGCAACCUAAAAAAAUCCCUUGCAUUCUACCAGGGUCUUUUAGGUUUAGAAAUUAAUGAAGCAAGGCCAAACAACAAACUCCCUUAUGGAGGGAAAUGGUUAUGGGUCGGUUCUGAGAUGAUUCAUUUGAUGGAGCUUCCAAAUCCAGAUCCUGUAACUGGACGACCUGAACAUGGGGGACGCGAUCGUCAUGUUUGCAUUGCAAUUGAAAAUGUGAACAAGCUGAAGUCUAUUUUUGAUAAAGAAGGUAUACCUUAUACACUGAGUCGUUCUGGAAGACCAGCUAUAUUUGCUCGUGACCCUGAUGGAAAUGCUUUAGAAUUUGUGCAAGUUGAGUAAGUUUGUUCAAACAAGGAAGCUGUUUAUUCUAUAUAGAAUUACAAUACACCACCAGGUUUGUAAUAAUUUCUGUACGUUAUUAUAGAUUUUCAAGACACGGGUUUCUCCUUGGUAACAAUGCAUAACCAUUGUCACAAAGUAAGGAGUUAAUGCAUUGUGUCUUAUAAUACCUGAUGUUGAUUCCUUGGUAAGCAAUUGUAAAAAUUAUCAUAUAAUAGUGUGGAAGAAUUGUGUACAUUGAAUCUAUGAUGAAAAGUUUUCCAACAAUUA